CGCCCCCCCUCCCCGCCCCUUUCCUGUCCGCUCUCCUCCCUACGGGACGCAGGUCCCCCUUUAAAGCAGCACCGGAGCCCCCCCUCGCGGGCGGCGGGCGCGGGUCUGCGGCCCCUUUAAGACCAGCCUCCUUUAACCCUCUCGCCCCCGGGCGCCCGGCUGGCUCGCGGCGCCGACAGCAGCCCGCCUCCCGCGGCGCUUCCGGACCCGGCGUCGCCCCUUUAAGGGCAGCCCCCCGCGGCGCUCCCGCCCCGGGCCCGGCGCGUCAGGCGGGGGAGCCGGGCUGGAGCAGCGCGGUCGGCGCGGCCACUGGAGACCGAGCGGCCGGCGGCCAGGCAGACGGCGGCGGCGGCGGAUGGGGACGCGGAGCCGGGCGGCUGCGGCGGCAGUGGCUGUGGCGGCGGCGGGGAAGCAGCUGACGGGCCGGCGGCGGCGGCGGCGCUGGCGGCGGGGACUGGCCCAGGCCCCGGCCCAGGCGGCGGCGGCGGCAGCGGCAGCGACGCGGCUGGCAGGCUGCGGGCGGGCGGCGUGAGGAGCGCGGCGGAGCGGCCGCGAACCGGGGCGCCCCCGCCCCCCUCGUCCUCCAGGCCGCCAGGCCCCCGCCCGCCGGGGCCGUGGAGCGCCGCGCCCGAGGCCGGGGCUCCCCCAUGAAGGAGCGCGACGCGGCCCCGUCCGAGCGGGGCAAGCCGGCCACCUACACCGGGGACAAGAAGGCGAAGAUGGCGGCCAAGACCAACAAGAAGUGGGUCCGGCUCGCCACCGUGUUCGCCUACGUGCUGUCCGUGUCGCUGGCGGCCAUCGUGCUGGCCGUCUACUACAGCCUCAUCUGGCAGCCGGUGGGCGCCGGCUCCUCGGGGGCAGCCGCCGGCCCGCCCCCCGGCGGCGCCAACGCCACCGGCCAGUCCGGGACCUCGGGGGCGGCCGCGGGGCCCAACGCCACCGGCCCGUCCCGCCGCGAGGCGCCGCGCGCCGCGCCCCCGCUGCAGGCGGCCCGGGCCCCGCCGCCCGCGCCCCCGGCCGACGGCCCCCUGGCCCGGCCGCCGCCGCCGCGGGCGCGAGGCCCCGAGGAGGACGAGGAGGAAGCGGCGGCGCCCGGGAGCCGGUGAGGCGCGCGCUCGCCCCUGGGCGGCGGGGAGCCGGGACGCCGGACUGGGCAGCCGGACGGACGGAGAGCCCGCGGGACGGACCCCCGCGCAGCGAACGCCCCCUUCCCCGACGAGCAGCGCCGACCCGCGGGGCGGACGGCCGGCAGCCCGGUCUUCAGCGGAGGGACCUCGGCCGGUCUGGGACUCGGGGGUUCGGUCUUCCCAGGACUGUGCGGCGGCGGUGGCGCCGGGUCUAUGAGCCAUAAAGGGAGGCGGGGAGCGGGGGGAUCCCAGCACCGAACCCUUGUGCGCCGCUGGCAGGGGUGUGUCCUUCGUGCAGGGGUGACCCGGGCUUUCCCCCCUCCCCCCCAAGACUCAGGGGAAAGAGGGAGCCGCACGGGCUCUUGAAUCAGCUGAAGCUGUCGGAAGGAGGGAGGGCACCAAAAAAGCAGGGGAGCUCAGGAGAACAUCUGGGUGUCCAGCCUCCCUGUCCCCAUCCCGACCCCUGUGUUCUGGGCUGUCGGAUCCACCCUGGGACGGAUCAGAGUCUAGAGACCACUCACGGGCCCAGCUGCUGGCCUCCUGACUCUAAAGCCUUCACUGGAACCGGACAUUAGUUCCAGCCCUCGCUGUGAACAUGACCAGAGACAUUAUUUAUAAUGCAGCCAUUUAAGAUAAACCUGUACUCAAAAAAAGUCUUGUAUAUUUUUUAAAAGUUUUAUUUUUCAGGUGAACAAAAAUACAUUCUAAGAACU